AUGGCCGUGUUGGCACAGGCCAUGGCUGUCCCCGGCUGCGCGCGUCGCCAGCACAGGAACUGGUUCGGUGGCAACGACGCAGCCAAUAGUAACCUGUUCGCCAAGAAGAACAGGCUGCACAGAGCUUAUCUCGACGGUACAACUGACGCGAACAAAGUGGCCUUUCACCAAUGUCGCCGUCUUACGCAGCAACGCCUGCGAGAAAUGCACAACUCCUGAGGGGGGGGGGUACUAAGACCGAGGAGAUCCAGGCAUAAACCGACCGCAACGAAUCAAAGAACUUCUUCGCGCCGUGCAACAACUCUUCAACGAGAAAGCACCCGACUCCGAUGCGAUCCCAGAUGAAAUCUACAGGCACGGCUACCACCAAUUGAUGGACCAACCGGCGACGCCAUUUCAAGAGAUGGGACGCCGCGGACAGCUUCCUCAAGAUUUAAAGAACGCAACCAUCCCCCACACGGGAGUUCUAGAACAGACCGGAAUCCUCAGCAUCCAGGCCAUGCUAAGACAGCUUCAGCUACGUCGGGACGACCAUCUUGUGAGGAUGAAAGAUGUAUGUCUACCGAAAGAACUCUUCGAUGGUGAUGUAGCCACCGGUUCUCGCCGACUGGGAAGCCCAAAACGACGCUACGAGAGCACAAUGAAGAAGUCUCUUAAGCGACUGCAUAUCAAUCCAGAGACCUGGGAGGACCUUGUCUAA